CUUAUGUGUGAAUAUAUCAUUUUUCCAACAUCUUAUAUUAUGGUAAGUUGAAUUUGGAGAGAGUUUGGAUAUUCAAUUCCGAGAACACGUCAGAGAAAGAAACCGCGGUUUGAACUCCGAUCGAUGUGAUCCUGAUGAUGGCGGCGACGUCGUAUCUGACGCCGACGCAGCGCUACGCUGCCGGAGCAUUGUUCAGCCUGUCUCUGCACCAAGCCCACCUUCACCAAACCCACCCGCUUGGCCUUUCAACCCACGAUGAAUUCCCUUCUCCCUCCACAUCUUCUUCUACUCCCUUUUCCGUUUCCGAGGAUCCCAACCUCUGGGUCCACCGCACUUCCGGUUUGCUCCGCCCUGUUUUCAUGUUUCUGGAAAUUGAACCUGGAGCAUGGUCUGGACUUGAGGAAACUGCUGGCUCUACUUCAGCUUCCCGUCACGUUGGACCGUACUUGAGACUAUUAUCAGAAGAAUUUGAUAUUGAUGAAGAUGGUGAUUGUCAAAGGGCAGAUCAAGAACUUGCUUUGUCAGAAGCUGUUGAUGCUAUGGUGCUUAGCCUGGAAAAAAAUGCACAGGCUUCCAGGGCGAAACGAGAGAAGUUUCGCGAAUAUGAGAAUCAAUGUCGUGAAAAGGUUUCGACUGCUGAUGUUCAAUCAGACUCUGAGGAGGUAGACAUUCAUUUGGAAAUUCAGAAGGAGACCGAUAGCCCUUUGACUCCUUUCUUUGAAUGUGAAGACGUACACGAGGGAUCUGUUAAUCAUGACAUUGAUGAGAGUCCAAUUGAGGAGGUGAUGAAGCUCAGCUAUCAGAGGAAAGUGGCAGUUCUAUAUCAACUUCUUUCUGCUUGUCUUUCGGACUUAGGUGAAAAAAACGUUAAAUAUAAUCGGAGAAUAAAAGGCUAUGAUGCUCGACAUCGUGUGGCUCUACGGUUGCUGGCAACUUGGCUUGAUAUCAAGUGGGAAAAAAUGGAGGCCAUUGAGACUAUACUAGCUAGUUCUGCAAUGGCUUUCAUUAAAGAGCAAGAAUCAAAUAAAGAUGAAACUGAAUCAAAAGAAAGCAAGUGGGCUAAAUGGAAGCGAGGUGGCAUUAUUGGUGCUGCAGCGUUAACUGGGGGAACCUUGAUGGCUAUUACCGGUGGAUUAGCUGCCCCAGCAAUUGCUGCAGGACUUGGUGCUUUGGCUCCAACGUUGGGUACUUUGAUCCCUGUAAUUGGAGCAAGUGGAUUUGCAGCAGCUGCUAGUGCUGCAGGAACUGUUGCUGGUUCUGUUGCUGUUGCUGCCUCCUUUGGAGCUGCUGGAGCUGGACUUACUGGAACCAAAAUGGCUAGGAGAACUGGGGGUGUUGACGAAUUUGAGUUCAAAGCUAUAGGUGAAAACCAUAACCAAGGCAGGCUUGGGGUUGAGAUUUUGGUGUCUGGCUUUGUCUUUGAGGAGGAGGAUUUUAUAAGGCCAUGGGAAGGACAGAAUGACAACUUGGAGAGGUAUGCACUGCAGUGGGAGUCCAAGCAUCUCAUUGCCGUGAGCUCUGCAAUUCAAGAUUGGCUUACUUCAAGAAUUGCCACAGAGCUGAUGAAGCAAGGCGCAAUGAUGACUGUCUUGCAUGCACUUGUAACUGCAUUUGCUUGGCCGGCUGCCUUACUUACAGUCACUGAAUUCAUAGACAGCUCAUGGACAAUGGCUAUUGACAGGUCAGACAAGGCAGGAAAGUUGCUUGCUGAAGUUUUAUUGGGAGGACUGCAGGGAAAUAGACCCGUGACACUUGUAGGUUACUCACUUGGAGCAAGAGUUAUUUUCAAGUGUCUUGAGUUUUUGGCUGAAACAGAAUGCCACGCUGAACUGGUAGAAAGAGUUGUUCUGCUUGGAGCACCCAUUGCAAUCAAGGAUGAGAAUUGGAAGGCUGCUAGAAAGAUGGUAGCAGGAAGAUUUGUGAAUGCAUAUUCAAGGAAUGAUUGGAUGCUUGGAGUUGCUUUCCGUGCCAGUCUACUUACUCAAGGAUUAGCUGGAAUCCAGCCAAUUGAUAUUCCUGGGAUCCAAAAUGUUGAUGUAACAGGUCACAUUGAAGGCCACUCCUCUUAUUUGUGGGCUACACAAAAGAUCUUAGAUGAACUUGAAAUGGAUACAUAUUAUCCCGUUUAUAACAGUAUUCUUGUCAUACAGUAAACCCUCCAACUUCUUCAUUGUUUAAUUAUUAUGAAGAACGUUCUAGUGUCUGUGUCACUGUCUAUCAAGUGGAUCGAGGUUCCCUCAAUUUUCCAAAGAAAUUUACAGUGAUUUAGAUUUUCGUUCAUCAGAAUCCUUGGAUUGAAUUAAUGCCUUGUAUAUGAUAGCAUCCAGCCACAUCCGCCUCUUCUUCGGUUAUACAGACUUUCCAUCAUCUGUUUUCCCUUCUUAGUCUUUUUAGUUUUAUUCUGAUUAUUACAUGUACGAAUGUAAAGUGUAACAAAAAAAAAACUCUUUGCCUUCCUGUUGUAACAAAAAAAAAACUCUUUGGUA